CGCAGUCCGGUGCAAUAAAAACAGCCCCUCUGCAUCCCAUUUAUUCUUUGUUCAGCAUUUUCACUGUUUUGUCAUUUGCAUUUUUCUGCUAAAUAUAUUUGCUUUUAUAUAGAUAUUUAGGUACUGUAUGGAUAUAUGUGUUUUUUAUUUUCAGAAAAAGUCCAAAAAUCAUUACACUAGACAGUCUAGACACCGGCCCUUCAAUUGUUUGUCUUUUUUCUGUUUGCUCUCUGUCUCUCUGGGUUGGUUUUCUAACUUCGUUUUCUCCGUGAAAUUUCUCUCUCUGCCCUUCACUUUCACUAAAAUUCUCGAGAUUGGCGUCUAAGAUAAAACACCAGGGGUCUAUUCAAGCUCCUUCUCAACUGGGUUUUAUCUCACAGUUCUCAUUUCCUAAAGAGAAAGACACAAUCUUGAUGAGUGAGAGAGGAGGCUCUCUUGGAGGAGAGAGAGCCUACCUGUACAUGCAAGCAAAUCACCAUUUUCACCGGCUGCAUGUGCUGAAACAUUUGAACAAAGAGGAGCUCCAAACUCGUAUUUAAACUUUCUGGGUGUUUCUGUUCUGGUUUGAUUGUUUUCUGUGUUUUUCUUUGUGGUUGAAUCUAUCUUUGCACAGAGAGUCCAACAGUGCUAUCAACAAACAGAUGGAUUCUAGCAAGUAUGUUAGGUAUACACCAGAGCAAGUGGAGGCCUUAGAGAGGGUGUAUAUGGAAUGCCCAAAGCCCAGUUCAUUGAGAAGGCAACAGCUUAUUAGGGAGUGUCCUAUUCUCUCAAACAUUGAGCCCAAACAGAUCAAAGUCUGGUUUCAGAAUCGCAGAUGCCGUGAAAAGCAGAGGAAAGAAGCAUCUCGGCUCCAGACUGUCAACAGGAAGCUUUCUGCAAUGAACAAGCUGUUGAUGGAAGAGAAUGACCGCCUGCAGAAGCAGGUUUCACACAUGGUUUAUGAAAACGGAUACAUGCGCCAGCAAUUGGUCACUGUAUCCACAACGACCACAGACACCAGCUGUGAGUCUGUGGUCAUGACUGGUCAGCAACAACAGCAAAACCCAACACCUCAGCAUCCGCAAAGGGAUGCUAACAACCCAGCUGGUCUUCUCGCAAUAGCUGAGGAGACCCUGGCAGAGUUCCUUUCCAAGGCUACUGGAACUGCUGUCGACUGGGUCCAGAUGAUUGGGAUGAAGCCUGGUCCGGAUUCUAUUGGUAUCGUUGCUGUUUCCCGCAACUGUAGUGGGGUAGCAGCACGAGCCUGCGGUCUUGUGAGCCUAGAGCCCAUGAAGAUUGCUGAAAUCCUUAAAGAUCGUCCAUCUUGGUUUCGUGACUGCCGUUGCCUUGAUGUGUUAAGUGUAAUCCCUUCUGGAAAUGGAGGGACCAUAGAGCUCAUAUACAUGCAGACUUAUGCACCAACAACAUUGGCACCGGCCCGUGACUUUUGGACACUGAGAUAUACUACAAGCUUGGAAGAUGGCAGUCUUGUGAUAUGUGAGAGGUCUUUGACUCCUUCUACUGGUGGCCCAACUGGGCCCCCUGUCACAUGUUUUGUAAGAGCAGAAAUGCUACCAAGUGGUUAUCUGAUUCGACCUUGUGAGGGUGGUGGCUCUAUUAUUCACAUUGUUGACCACAUGGACCUGGAUGCAUGGAGUGUUCCUGAAGUUCUGAGGCCACUGUAUGAAUCAUCCAAAAUUCUUGCUCAAAAAAUGACUAUGGCUUCCUUGCGGCUAAUACGACAAAUUGCACAAGAAGCAAGUGGAGAAAUUCAGUAUGGUGGAGGCCGCCAACCUGCGGUUUUAAGGGCACUCUCUCAGCGAUUAUGCAGGGGAUUCAACGAUGCAAUCAAUGGAUUCGUGGAUGAUGGUUGGUCGGUUAUGGCUAGUGAUGGUAUGGAGGAUGUGACCAUUGCCAUUAACUCUUCUCCAAGCAAAUUUCUUGGUUCGCAAUACAACACAUUGGCAAUGCUCCCAACUUUUGGGGGAGUUCUGUGUGCAAAGGCAUCAAUGCUUCUCAAGAAUGUCCCCCCUGCUUUGCUAGUUCGUUUCCUGCGAGAGCACCGUUCUGAGUGGGCUGACUAUGGAGUUGAUGCGUAUUCUGCUGCAUCUCUUAAAGCUAGUCCUUAUGCAGUUCCUUGUGCAAGACCUGGUUGCUUCCCUAGUAGCCAGGUCAUUUUGCCUUUAGCCCAAACUGUGGAGCACGAGGAGUUGCUGGAGGUGGUUCGGCUAGAGGGUCAAGCAUUCUCUGCAGAAGACAUAGCUUUGUCACGGGAUAUGUAUUUGCUACAGCUAUGCAGUGGGGUUGAUGAGAAUGCUGCAGAUGCCUGUGCUCAGCUUGUCUUUGCGCCCAUGGAUGAAUCCUUUCCAGAUGAUGCUCCUUUGUUGCCAUCUGGUUUCCGUGUCAUACCAUUGGAUCCUAAAUCAAAUGGGCCUCCCACAACUCGCACAUUGGAUUUGGCUUCUGCACUUGAAGUGGGAGCGGGUGGAGCACGUCCAACUGGUGAAUCUGAUAUGACCAGUUAUAACCGUAGAUCGGUUUUAACUAUUGCAUUCCAGUUCACUUUUGAGAACCAUUACCGCGAUAAUGUAGCUGCUAUGGCCCGCCAGUAUGUUCGCAGUGUUGUGAGCUCUGUUCAGAGGGUUGCCAUGGCUAUUGCCCCAUCUGGGCUGAGUUCUCAGUUGGGGCCAAAACCAGUGCCUGGUUCUCCCGAGGCCCUCACUUUGGCACGAUGGAUUUGCAGGAGCUACAGGCUGCACACUGGGAGGGAGCUCUUUCAGGCUGAAUCACAAGGGGGUGAUGCUGUCUUGAAGCAACUUUGGCACCAUUCCGAUGCAAUAAUGUGCUGCUCCGUGAGAACAAAUGCAUCUGCUGUUUUCACCUUUUCAAACCAGGCAGGCCUUGAUAUGCUUGAAACGACUCUUUUGGCCCUUCAGGAUAUAAUGCUAGACAAAAUUCUGGAUGAAGCCGGUCGAAAGGUUCUCCUAUUGGAGUUUUCUAAGAUUAUGCAACAGGGUUUUGCUUAUCUGCCAGGAGGAAUAUGUGUAUCCAGUAUGGGCAGGCCAGUGUCGUAUGAACAAGCCGUUGCAUGGAAAGUUCUCAACGACGAUGAUUCCAAUCACUGCCUUGCUUUCCUGUUCAUGAACUGGUCUUUUGUGUAAGAGAAAGCGUAGUAUCUUCAGACUUUAGCUGUAACCGUAUCCUAAGUUAUGUAUUUUGUUUUGAGGAAAAAAACUAGUAUGCCAAGUGAAGGAGGACAUGGCGGGACCUGUUGAACUCUUUUGUCUAUUAUCUAUAUGUGCAUGCAUGGAUCGAUUAUGAUGAUUAAAU